CAAGUCGAUAUGAAAACAACACCCAUACAAUAAUGCCACAUCACAGCGAAUGUCCCUGGGAAGCCGUAUCGCGAUACGAGGCAGGGCCGCAAUCAUUGCAAGUCUAGUCUCGACUCCCAGGGAGCCUUUAUUAUUCCUCUAUCCGCAAUGGGCCAGAAGCUCAUCAACUGCUUCUCAAGCGGCAGCUUUCAAGAAGCCAACGGAUGCCUCGACGGAGAAUUCGACAGAGUCAUCUAUCUACACUUCAAACUCCGCCUCGAUAGAUCCUCUGAUCGAUGCUAGAGAUCCCCUCAACUCGAGUUCUUCUGCCAAAACUCCUCCCGGCGAAUUUCGCACAAAAGCAGUCAAGAAACGCGCCAAUAUCGACUCGGCGCAGUAUAAGCCUUUGGCUAUCAGAAAUCAACUUUCGAAUCCUACGAAGAGCCCUGGAUCCGAAGCUCUGUUGGCUGAACUCAGCUUUGCAAAAGAGGAACCUGUCUGCACCCCACCCGCUACUUCGAUACUGGACGAUGUUCAAAGCAGAGCUCGCAACAUUCUUCAUGCUGCAGAACGCAAGCGAAUUUCAGAGCAAACAGCUCAUCAUAUACGAGAAGAAUAUCAAGAGAAUAGGAGGCUCAGCACAAACAACUGGAUCCCUGACUGGCGUGUAAUCCUCCGGGACUUGACCCGAAACACACCUCACCAUGGACAAUGGUUCGAUAGGCAGAUUCAAGUCAUUGUACCUCCAAGCGAAAAGCUACUCUUCAUGUGUGGCCUGGACGAUGACAUGCGGGUUAUUGGCGACAAGUAUGGAUGCUCUAUUGAGCUAGGACCUAGCUACCGUGCUAAGCAUGAAGAUGGGAUUUUCGUUUUAUCAGGUUCGAGAUCUGCCAUCAGCAGAACUCUUGCCGACGUCCUUCGUUUAGCCCCAGAUGCGAAGAUCACCACAAAUGACACUCCUCGAGUCUCUCUUGACGAAUCAAGAAUAUCCUGUUCCGCUGGUGUGCUCGAAACUGUAAACAUACGACCCGUUAUUUCAAUACCUCGAAGCAAUAGCAAAAUCCGCUCAACACGGCCGGAAGAGAUUCCCAAACCGCCUGUUUGGACUAAACAUUCGUUCUUAGACUAUGUCAAGGCUGUAACAACUUUCGAACCUCCGAGAAGUGUGCUAGAAAAAGAGGCACGGGAACAGUACUUUGAUGAAGUUCGACUUAUUCUUCACGGCCUGUUCAGAGAUCCAGACGAGGCUCGCAAAGCUGCGAUAACCGGAGCGGCAUGCCACGAAGCUCUUCAAUACUUUGUCAAAUUCAACCGGAUUGAUCAGGUCCGCGUGCUAUUCGUUCGUAUGGAGCUCCUAGGCAUGCCACUCUCACCUGAAACUUUCAAUAUCAUGCUUCGUGGUGCUGCUAAACAAGAAGAUCUCCACAACUUUCACUUCAUCCUUCAUUUGAUGCUCCGGCGAGGGCUGGUACCCAAUGGCGCGACUUGGACUGCAUUUAUGAUGACUCUACCCGAUUUCCAGUUGAAAAUGCAUGUUGCGACUAAGAUGAAACGAGGGGGACUUUUGCGGCAUGUGCCUACGAUGAAAGCUGUCUGUGAACAACUUAUCAAACCGGAAGUCGAGCUGUCACUAGACGCAUUUCAGGACCAAGCAACCUUCGUCUCGCAUAUGGAUGCUCGCUACGGCCGGAACUGGCUCAGUCUGGACAGCGCCAAUCGUGUUCUCAAUGAGCUUGGAGCUAGAGGAUUGAUAUCUCGGUGUUGGGACUUUUUGCAUCUCAUGGAUUCGCGGUAUAUUCGACCUGAUGGAUAUUCCGUAAACACUAUUCUCAACCACUGCAAACAGAUUGACAAUCUGGGUGGUGCAAUUGAGUUCUUGCAGAACUUCUCAGCAAAGUGGGGUCUCGAACCGGAUGAGGAUACCUACGACAUUCUGUUCCGCAUGGCAUGGCAAGAACGGCAUUACAACAUGGCCAAAGUUGUAUGGAAAUAUGCGUGUAUUGCCGGAAAAACGUCUUAUGGUAUGCGAUAUGAUGUUCUGCACAGUAUGCGUGCCGGUUGGAGGAUGCCCAAUACUCCAAAGUUACGCUUCGAAUGCUAUGCUGGCACUGUCGUCUCUGGGUCAUAUUAUGGCUGGAACCCUACUCCUGCUAUUUCAGAAUUUGUCAACAGGCCUCGGCUUGCUUCAAUCGAUACUGCAGAGAUGUUACAGCUCCCCUUGAUUAAAUCCGAACUAUUGCCUACCCCACCGGAUCUACUCCCUGUUUAUAAACCCUUUGCGUACGUAUAUUCCGACUCCUCAGACAAGCAGGUCGGUUACGAGGUGAAAGAUGAAGAGUUUGAAAAGCUUUACGAAACUUUAUGGCAGAGAUUUAGCGUGGAUUUGCAUAUGACCAAGUUCAGAGUCACACCUCGAUACUCAUUUGAGGAAAGUUUACAGAUCGCAUGGAACAUGGACAAGAAUUGGAGGGAAAGCGGGGCUUAUAGAGAUUGGAGACUGAGCGAGUUGACGGCGAAGGCAAUUCGCGUGGACCUGAAAGUAGAAGAUUUUGGGAAGACAUUUUGGACAUCAAUGUAAUACUAGAUGCAGCGGCUACACGGUAGCACAAUAUUACUGUAUAGAGACUCUUGUAUCAUAGCACAGGCGUUUCGGUACUUGUGGAUAAGAAUAGUAUGUAUAUGAUACCAGCAGCUUGUUGGAAACAAUUGAUCCGCUCUUGUCAAGCUCAACUUAUACAAUAACGCCCUCCUAUUUGUAAGCCGUUCCAGUAUUGACACAAACUUCAGAUACAUAAACAAGAA